AUGUACACCGGCAACGGCUCCGUCGCAGCCGGCUGGCCUGCUGAGUCGCAGUGGGUCAGCUUCGAUUACAUGUUCACCGCCAACACACCGAACAUGCUCGCAUCAUGCGCUCAAUGGGGCGUUCCCAACAACAGUGACGACGAAACCGCCGAUAUCAAGACCGCAAUCCAAUCGAUCGCUUCCUCGACAGGUGUCGACCCCCGCUUCAUCCUCGCAGUCAUCAUGCAAGAAUCGACCGGUUGCGUACGCGUCAUCACGACCCAGUACUCCGUCUUCAACCCGGGCCUCAUGCAAUCCCACAACGGCACGGGCACUUGCAACACCAACUCCGCACCGAUCAACGUCCCAGGCGUCUCGGCUACCGGCACCGUGCAGACCCCGUGUCCGUACAGCGAGAUCUCUCAGAUGAUCGAAGACGGUACCGCCGGGACAGCCUCGGGAGACGGUCUGGAGCAGGUGUUGCAGAAGCAGGGUAACAGUGAUGUCAGCAUGUUCUACAGGGCUGCGAGGAUGUACAACGGAGGCAGCAUUGACCCCAGCGGUGACCUCGGCAAGGGGUGCUGCACCCUUUGCUAUGCAAGUGACAUUGCCAACCGGCUAACCGGAUGGGUUAAUGCGCCGCAUGGGUGCACGCUUUAA